UUUCCACUCGCGAGUCGUACGAGUAUUUAAACUCGAGCACUGCAGCAAAACCAUUCAUACACCCACUGCACUCGCUCUCUUUGAACAAAUAUUGCCAGUUAAUAGGUUCAAGAUGACGACGAGGAAUUUACUGAUCAUCGUGGCGACCAUGUGGCAGAUCUGCACAGCCCAAGAGAAUUGUCCCGGAGUGAAACUAGCUACCGGAAUUGGAUCAUUACUAGGAGACAUACCCAUCUCCAGCUGCGCUCCAGAACUGCCUCUUUUACCAGAGUUGGGAUGUGGUCGAGGAGAGUUCCUCGAAGGACUUCCACGACUUCCACCUCUUUUACCGGAAUUGGGAUGUGGUCGAGGAGAAUUCCUCGAAGGACUUCCAGAACUUCCAGGACUACCAUGCGGUCCCAGUUUACCCCAUUUACCAUACUCAGACUUCGGCUGCUCGUCUUCAUUGCCCUGCCUUCCAGAACUUCCCUGUCUUCCAGAACUGUCCCGCUUCGGAGGAGACUGUUUCGACUACCCGUUCUACGGUGAGCCUUUUCCAUACCUAAAGAAAAAGGGUUGCGGCUGCUUUGCCAAGCCACUGUGUGCGAAACCCAAAUUGUGUGGAUGCGGACUGUCAGAAUGCGGACUGAAGAAAAAAUGCCUUUUGGAAGAGUGCGCUCUGAAGAAAUCCUGUUUCGAGGAAAAGGAAGACUGCGGAGUAGGUUUGAAAAUCGUACCGCUGAUAAAACCGUUCCCUUUGAAGAAAAAGAAAUUAGGCUGCUACGAUGAUGGUAUCGAAAGCUUGCCCUGUGAAAUACCAUCUCUUUUGUCGGGCGUGGUUCGCGGAUCGCUUUAUAAUAACGGAUGUUAUUAAACGCUGUCGCGUGUUUGUAUUAAUAAUAAAUACUCGUUGUAAUAAGUACAUACAUACACUGUA